AUGUUUGCAGCAAAAACAUUAAAUAUUGAGAAUCAUACAUCUAGUUGUUCUUCACUGACUCAAUCUUUAAUAACGUCAUCAUCUUCAAAAUCAUCAGUAUUUACUAAUGAUACUUAUACUUCAGAUAAAUAUCUAAAUUUAGAACAUUUAAAAUUACAGCAAAAUAAAGAAAUUCAAGAAUAUCAAAAUUUAGAAAAAUUGGUUACUAAUACAACAUAUAAUAAUCAGGAUUUAAUAAAUAUAAGUUUUGAUUCGUUAGAUUUAAAAAGUUUAAAUAUAGAAAAUAAUGAAAAUGAAACAAUAAAAGAAGAACCAUUGAAUAUAAUUGAUGAACAAGUAAAUUUUGUUGAACCUGAAAAUCUAACAAUUAUGGGGAAAGUAAAAAGUGUUAUUAAAAAGAAAUCAAUUAAAUUAUUUAGAAGAGAACAAGCUUCAUUUAUUGUAGAUCCACCUAAAUCCAUCUUAAAAUCAAAAGUAAACAAAAAUUUUGAAGUUGAAAAAUUAAAUAGUGAAUUACAAGAUAUAAUUAAAUUUGAAGAGUUUCUUAAAAAGUUCGAAUACAUGGAAAUUGAAAAAAUGAAUAGUCUAAGAAAUACUAGAAACGACGAGAAUUUUUUAAAUACUGCAAGAAAUGAACAAAUUAAGAAUUAUUAUUGCAAUCAAUAA